CAUCGGGCAGAGGCAGGAACGGGCAGGCCGCGGCCACCAGGCGAAGCAGCAGGCAGCGGGCCCCCAGGCGGGGGCGACAGGCAGCGGGGCCCCCAGGGCGGCGGCAACAGGCAGCGGGCCCCCAGGCGGGGCGACGGGCGCCGGGCCCCCAGGUGGAGCGGCGCGGGCGCCGGGCCCCCAGGAGGGGCGACAGGCAUCGGGCUCCCAGGCGGGGCGACAGGCAUCGGCCCCCAGGCGGGGCGACAGGCAUCGGCCCCCAGGCGGGGCGGCGGGCGCCGGACCCCCAGGGCGGAGCGACAGGUCUCGGGCCCCCAGGCGGAGAGCGGGCGGGUGCCGGACCCCCAGGUGGAGCGACAGGUCUCGGGCCCCCAGGAGGAGCGGCGGGCGCCGGACCCCCAGGCGGAGGAUGGAAGCGACAGGUCUCGGGCCCCCAGGCGGAGCGGCGGGCGGGCCGGACCCCAGGCGGAGCGACAGGUCUCGGGCCCCCAGGCGGAGCGGCGCAAGCGGGCGCCGGACCCC